AUGUCGACAUUUUUUACUAUUCCUCAAAACCCACCACCAGAAUCGACUUACCCUGUGGAUGUUUUUUCAGGAAUGAAUGAUAUACUUGGUCAAUAUUUUAUGAUUCAAUGCAAUUGUACAGAUUUUUCACCAUACGAAAUACGUAAUUUUAUAGAAGAUAUAAUACAUGUAAACGUCGACGAUAUUUCAAUAUCUCGUGACUACUCAGGAAAUAUGACUGGAUAUAUUUUUGGUAGAUUUCAAAGUCCAAUCUCAGUUAAUCAAUUAUCACUAAUCCACUGCAAGACCUUCAAAGAAUAUCCUUGCAAAGCUACUCUUUUCCAGUCAUCGACAGAAUUUCAGAGAUUUUUAGCUUUAUUAACCCUCAAAAAGAAGCGAUCUAUUCUUUUACCACAAAGGUCAGGCGCCCCGUACGUAUAUAUUGCAGGAUUUAAUGGAAACGAAGACGAAUUAAAGGAAUUUUUAAUGAAAGCAAUAGAAGAAGAGCCUACGAUCGAAUCAAAAUCACUCGGAUCAUUAAAUUACUUUAUUGCUACUUACAAAACAGCAAAUUCUGCGCAAACUAUUUGUAAAAUCAUUGACGGCUGUAAAUAUAAUGAUUCUAUACUAUUAGUUCGAUCAAUCUACAAACUUGCUGCCGAAAGAGGUUUCUGUGUCAAAGGAACAAACAAUGUUGAUUGGAUCAAAGAGACAGCAACACGUUUUGGCAAAAUUAUGUCUAUCAAGAAUAAAGGAGAAUACAGAAUUAAUGUUCUGAUGGAAUCAUCAGAAAGCGCCAAAGUUGCUGUUGCUUUCAUGAAUCGCAUGAAAGAAGGUGAAAACGAAAUAUAUACAAACUUUGUAGAAUUUGAUGUCUUCAAUUAA